AGCAACCAAGCCAGCCAAACCAACCAUGGCACGGAAAGGAGUACCAGAAUAUAGCAUGGGUGUGUAAGUUGUAUGUAUCGAACGAAAGCAGGGAAGAGGAAAAUUCAGAUCUGAGGGAACGAGUUUAGAAACGAUCCAAAUGGGAAAGGAGAUUAACAGUGCUCCUGUUCCGGUGUUGCAAUGGCUGAAUCAAAUGGUUUCAGAACCUUAUUACCUCUUCCAUUUCUUGACGUUCUUCUCCUAUUUCGUCAUUCGCAGCUCCGCAACCCAAGUCUUAGCGCCUCAACUGGCUUACCAUCUCCUUCGUCGCGAAAUACAAACGCUGCUAGUGUUCGCCGUGUUGGUUGCCAUCAAGGGAGUAAAAGAAGAAACCUGGGAAACCUUUAUAGCUGAUGCACUUUUCCUUGCCAAGAUUUGUCUUUUUGCCCUAGCGUUUACAAUGGAUCGCCGCUUAGCCGUUUGGUAUAUUCUUAUGUUUUUAGUGAUACAUAUGUUAACACAACAACCUCCAUUCCAAGGACUAGGUACCUCAAGUAAGUUAACACCAUUGCAGUUGGAAAGUGUGCUGACUGAGGGGAACACUGCACGAUUGUUCCUGGUGGAAUUCUGUGCUUCAUAUUCAUCUGCUUGCAUUCGCUCAAGCCAAUUGUUUCCUCAACUCUCAAUUACAUAUUCAAACAAAAAUUUAUCAUUUGGAAUAGUGGAUCUUGGUCUCUUUCCCAAUGCUGCUGAAAAAUUUGGAAUAUCUCUUAGUGGAAGCAUGGCCCAGCUUCCAACAUUUAUCUUAUUUGAGAAUGCAGCUGAAGUUGCCCGCUUUCCUGAGUUGGAUUUUGAAGCAACAUUUUUUCACCCUACCAUUACAAAGGGGCUUCUCUCUCGACAUUUUGAGCUUGAUCGGCACCUGCUUGAAUAUAUUAAUGGUAAAUAGGCUAUAUUGUGAUCUAUAGAUAUCGGAUUGGAGUGAUCUUCGGCUUGUUAGAAAGUUAACAGAGAGCUUUGCAACUUUGAUGCGGGCCUCGAAACUUGAUACAGUCAUGCUCUAUUUGAGAAUUGUGCUGUAACGUUACUACAGUAGUUGGGCCAAGAUUCUGUAAAAUAGGCCAAGAAUGAAGAUGGAAGGCUAGGAUUCAACCUAAAGAAUUCUUCACAUUAGAUCUUGUGCUUGAAUAUCGAUUUGAAUUCUACCUCGCUUCUUGAUUCUGAUUUUUACAUUUUUAACUAUCAAUGCUUAAGAAUUGAUAGAUCUAGAUCCAAUUGGAACAGAACCUUGUUCAGAAUAAUUCUUAAUUGAAUUCGGUUAGGAAAACCGGUU